AGGGCAUGUGUGUCGGCCUGUCAAAACUAGGGUUCGGCCCGCUGCCCGUUCUUAUCGCGCUCAUCUUCUUCGUGCAGUCAUUUUUCGUCUACACUAUCGCAGUGCUCAAACACGACGUCGAUCCAAUCUUCCCGUACCUCUCGUCGGCCGCCGACAAACGUCCCCAAUCAUGCAUCUUUGCCAUCGGAGCCAACAUCAGCAGUGUUCUGCUUGCCCUUGUGGUCUUUGUGAGAUAUCGCCAGUUGAGGGGCAUUUUCGCAUUCUAUGAUGAGGCCAACCUGCAGGCAUGGAACUGGCGGCAAAAGUGGUUUGGAUACAUUGCCGCGCUGGGAUUGUUCUUUGUGGCAAAUGUUCAGGAAACCGCCAUCAUCCCGGUUCACAUGUCCUCCGCCGUUGCCUCAUUUGGUGGAUUCAGCAUCUACAUGAUCUUCCAGUGCUACCUUACGCACCGAGUCACACCGACAAUCACACUGAGGACUGUUUUCUAUUACCGUGUGAUCUUCACUAUCUUCUCCGUGAUUUGCUUCUGCUGCUCAUUUGGAUUCGGAAUCGCUGCUUCCAAAAUCUUCCACAAGACGUACCCGGAUCUUCCGACGCCCCGUCCCUGGUCCCGUCGUAUUUAUCAGCCCGGCUACGAGCUGCACCAGAUCUCGGCGCUCGCUGAAUGGGGAUGUGCCAUCUCACAGAUCUUCUUCAUACAGUCGUUUGGGCCGGAGUUUGAGGACAUCUCCCUCGACUAUUAUCUCAAAUCGCACUACGUUCCGCGCGGAGCACUUGAGCAGGAGGAGUAUGAAAAUGAGUACCAAGGAUAUGGCAUCUAGAAAUUAUUGCAUUCGAAUCUUUCUCUUUCUGUUACCGGUGGGCCGUUGACGCAGCUCAUUUUCACGUGUUCUACUAGUAUUUUGAAAUUUCAUGACAUUUAAUUUUGCUGUAACAUCUCAUGUUUUUUGCAUCCCCGUUUUUCUUUCACAAAGAUUCCCCAACUACCCAGUUUUUUUAGUGCCUUGUAUAUCCCAUUGAAUUGUUUGUUGCAGGUGCUAUCAAUCAAUUAACCAUUUAUUUUU